GGCCGAUUGGUAUUUAUUUGCAAAAAAAGGAAAAGCCAGAAUGAAAAAGCAAAAAAGACUGACAUUUUCUUUAUUGAAACAGUUUUAUUGAUUUCAGCUUACGUCCUAUGCUUGUUUUGUAUGUAUUCACUAGUACCAACUAUGUGUCGUAUGGCAGGUGCAACGUUUUUGAGCAUGAGUUUGAUCACAAGCAAUUUCUAUUCUUUAAUCGCUGGUCUAGUCUUCUUAGAUGCAGAGAUGCCCACAUUAUACCCAAUAGCCUAUAUUUUAGUCAUUAUAGGCGUUACUAUAUAUACUUUGGCUCCUCUUCCUACUACUUCAUCUCCUUCUACUGCUACUGAUGCAACAACGAGCCAUCACCAUAAAAAUGAUGAAGAGGGUUUUCCGAUCAUGCAUGGUUCUUCCUCUUCUUCUUUUUCUUCUUCCUCUUCUGUUGGACAUGCUUAUCAAUCUCUCUGACUCCCUCUAAAGCAAACGAAUGAGAAUACCAUUUUUAAACGCAAGAAUCGCUAGUAAAAGUUUAAAAAAGUUUAUUGUAAAAGAGAAGCAUUAUGACAAAACGGUUAUUCUACUUUUGGGGAGAUGAAAGUUUUAAAAUGAUUUUUGUAACAAAAAAGGGAUUUUUACGAUUCC